GCCGACGAAGGUCGGUCAGUUAGCUCAAGGGUUGCAACUCAAUGCGCGCGCAGAGGUGAACCAUCUAACAUCGUUCACUGCUCAGUCGAUCUGCGGAGUUGCGCGCCGACACCGGCCGGCGCCAAAACAACUAAAUUAUUAUACUUAUACACUACCGCGAUAAAAUAAUAUAAAUAAACCAAAAAAAGUGCAAUAGCAUUUUCGCCAUAAAUAUUAAAUAUUAUCAAAAUAGUAUUGUGCCUAUCUAUACAAGUGAAUGUGUAUAAAGGUCGUUUAUCAACAAAAUAAUAUAUUUUUUUGGUACACGACAAAAAAGGUCCAUUCGAAUCCGGUGUGUAUAAAGUGAUGUAAAGUAACCAGAAACAUAAGCAAGUAUCACAAAUAAACAAAAAAUGUCUGAACAAACCCAAGAGUAUAUAAACGGGAUGAGACCGGGGCCUCUCACGCGGGAGAUCCCGGAGUGUAUGAGGGACAAAUAUACCGUCGUGCAAUCAAUUAUAGACGUUAUAGUGUUUGUCAUCGUCGGUGUGGGAUAUGUUAUACAAGCGAUAUACAGGACUAUAGUUGGGUAUCCUAAGAGAGAUCUCAAAGGAGGCGUGGCGGUUGUUACUGGAGGCGGCGGAGGCUUGGGCAGUCUUAUAGCCUUGAGGCUAGCGCGACUCGGCUGCACCAUUGUCCUGUGGGAUAUCAAUAAGCAAGGUUUGGAAGAUACAGUGAAGCUUGUAAAAGGCGUCGGUGGUAAAUGCUACGGCUACGUAGUAGAUCUCGCCAGCAGGGAAGACAUCUACCGUGUCGCUAAAAAAGUUGAAGAGCAGGUUGGGAAGGUAAACCUACUUAUCAAUAAUGCAGGCGUCGUCUCAGGACACUACCUCCUGGAGACUCCAGACCACCUCAUUCAAAGGACUUUCGAUGUCAACAUUCUUGCACAUUUCUGGACGGUGAAAGCCUUCCUGCCAACCAUGAUCAGUCAAAAUGAUGGUCAUAUAGUGACCAUCGCUUCAAUGGCCGGACACGUGGGUGUUGCCAAGCUGGUCGACUACUGUUCGUCAAAAGCUGCUGCCUGCGGCUUCGACGAGGCUCUCAGGGUCGAGCUAGAGACGAAAGGCGUUAAGGGUGUGAAGACUUCGCUGAUAUGUCCGUACUUCAUUCGAUCGACGGGCAUGUUUGAAGAGGUUAACUCAAGGUUCGUGCCACAGCUGAAUUCGAACGAGGUGGCGGAUCGUGUUGUGCUCGCGAUACGCACCAGUGAGCCUUUCGCUCUAAUACCAGGUUUCUUUCGGGUGUUACUACCUUUCAAAUGGAUAGUACCUUGGCCGUGUAUAUCAGAGCUGAUACGCGGUCUGGUGCCGGACGCGGUCCCUGUGGCCCCUAACGCGCGUAUAGAGACACCAUCCUCAGCACCAAAAAUAGACAUGAAAACGGACUCCAGGCCUAUGUCACUGCUGCCCCCAGCAAGACACGACCGCCAGGUUUGAAUAUUUACAGGGUACGUUAUGAUUACUAAGAGUACUUAACGGUAGGCAGCGGCUUGGCUCUGCACCUGGUAUUGCUGAAGUCCAUGGGCAACGGUAACCACUCGCCAUCAGGUGGGCCGUAUGCUUGUCUACCUACAUGGGCAAUAAAAAAAAAAAAAUUAUUAAGUUGUGUUGAAAAAAAUCUGAAUUUAUUCUUGUCAUUCAAAAUAGUUCAUGGUGCUAAAUAGGUUUUCAAACGUUUUGAUUAUACAGUAUGGAUCUUGGAAUAUGUUUCUCGUAUAUAAAUUGGAGUUUAUAUGUUUUAUUAAGGUGUAUUUUAAUUUGUCAAAAGUAUACCGUUACAAUAAAAACAAAUAAUGACGUUGAUAGUUAAAAUAGAAUUUUUAAAUUAAAACAAAUAAAUAAGAGAUUUAAUUUUGUAACAAAACAAAAAUUACUAUACUGAUACGCAACGCAAAAUACGAAUAAAAUAUAAUUCAUUAAAUAAUUGUUUUUCUCUUAUCAAUCAUCUAAAGGACUAACGUAUUUUUUAUUUAUUUACCUAAACAUUUAUUUACGUCAGAAACGACUAUAAUAAAUAAAAUAAUUUGCGUUCGUAUUUUAUUAUGACAAUCAAACUUAAGAAUGAAUUAUCCCGCAAUUUAGCUAUAAAGUAUUGUUAAUGUGCGUCAAACAAAAAUGUAAUGACGAUAAAAAAAAUUUAAUGUCCAUUUUUAACCGUCGUGCGAUUAGCAUUAUUUUUAGUACUUAAAUGCAUUGUUAGGAAAUUUACGUGUUUUCAUGAGACGUUUACGUUACGUAUCCCAUAUAAACAGUAUUUUUUGUCGUUCACAACUUUGUAGAUAUUAACUUAACUUCUAAAAAUGGGUUUAAGUCGGACAAUUUUUACCAAUUCUUGAAGGCUUCGAUUAUGAAGCAAGAUAAUUGAUAAUUGAUCGAAUUGAAACUCUGUCGAAAUAUGAUUACAAUCUAAUUUCGACUUUAUUUCUCAACGGGGAUGACGGAAUUCCCGCUGUCCAUGGGUUCCGGGAACCAAUUAUCAAGAUACGCUCGUUGGUCCAUCAAAAAUAUUGAAAAACGUUUAACAACUAUUCAUAAUUGCUUUAUGAAAUAUAUUUAUUAUGAUACUAACUGAUUUCCAGUUAGUUAUUAGUAGAAUUAUAUUUGAAUGUUUUUUCGACCGUUACAAUUCAAUGCGCGGUAAAAUUUCUUCACAAGCUUUUGUUUGAGCCAGAUAACUUGACGUCGAACUUGCGCUACGUAGAUCUUAAGGAAUUUAUAGGAGUCACAUAACUUAGAAUAUGUUCUUUUUGUAAUAGACCUCCUCAAAUUCACAUGGCAACAUUCUUCAGAUACAAAUGCAUUUAAAGUUUCAAAAUAUUUGUUAUUAAAAGCCAAUUUUUUUCUACGUUGCUUCGACAUUAAUGAAAUUUUGAAAUUAAAUUAUACAUUAAUGAGAUUAUAUUUAAAGUUUCUAUUAGAAUUAUAUUUAUUUACAUUGAAAAACUAAGUUUAAAAUUGAGAUUCGCAAAAGAAAACCUGCAACCAUAAUGGUCUAUGGACAAGCAUUGCCAUGUCGAAAAAUGUAACGUCACCACAUUAUAUAUAUAUUUUUUUUAAAUGCCAUGUGUCAUGUUUAUUUCAUAUGGCUGUUUACCAUUGGACUACUGUGAUCUGUUUAAUGAUUGCUUUUGUAUGUAAACAUCAUCACAUGUAACAUGUACUUGUACUUAGAGAUUGGAUUUAUUUUUAAAUUUGGAACGGGAGAGGGUGUUACUUGUAUUUGCUCAAAAAGGAUUUUGUUUUAUUGUAUAUACUAGAAUAAUUCGUAAUAAGAUCUUCGAAGAAGAGAAACGAUUUGCCGACACGACGGCUCUGCGUAAUGAAUCAUUUUAGUUAACUAUAAAAUGUGAAUGGAAUUUUGAUUUUUUAUUUAAAAUGUUACACUCGAUGACUACAGAAUUCUGAAGUGUCUCAGAAAUCUACUAAAAAUAAAAUUAUAAAAAAAAUCAAAUAUCAAAUUAAAAAUAGUGAGUCGUUUCAAGUUCUUCUGUGAAAUUAAGUUACCUCCUUUCGUAUUUGUGCUAACUAAUAAGUUAAAUGUAUUUUUACUUUUAGUUCGGGUUUUCGAGAUGAACAUUUUUAACGUAGCAUUUUUAAUAAUUAUCGUUUUUUAUUUUAUAAGAAUUAAAAACACGUAAUUGUUUUAAAUGCUAAUAAAAUUUAAAGAGUGUU